AAGAUGAAUCUCCCAUUAUUUUCAACAACAAUCAAACAACUUCUUCUUCAUCUCUAACAAAAAGACCAAUAACCUUAAAAUCAUCAAAUCAAGAAACCAAUCACAACAAGAAAAUCAAAUCCAGUACUGAAAAAACCAAGAAAAUUGAUGACUCAAAACACCCAAUUUACCACGGUGUUCGAAAACGGAGCUGGGGAAAAUGGGUGUCUGAAAUUCGCGAGCCGAGGAAAAAAUCUAGAAUUUGGCUUGGUACUUUUUCUACUGCUGAAAUGGCUGCCAGAGCACAUGAUGUAGCUGCAAUUGCCAUUAAGGGUCACUUAGCUUUACUCAAUUUCCCUGAAUUAGCUCAUCAAUUUCCUAAACCAUCUUCGAAAUGCGCUAAAGAUAUUCAAUCAGCAGCCGCUAAGGCUGCAGCUUUGGAUAUUUUACCAAGAAAUUUUAUGGAAAAACAGAGUACAGAUGAGUUAAUGGAAAUGCCCUGUUCUCCUGAAGAAAUAGAGUCAACAGAAUCAUCUUUGAGGAGUAAUAACGAAGACCCUUUUCUUGAUUUGCCUGAUCUUCUUAUGGAUCUUACUCAAAAAUUUGAUAAAUUCUAUUACGACAAUUCACCAUGGGAUUUGGCUGGAGCUGUAAGCAAUGACUCUAAUUACUGUGAAUUUUGGCCUGAAGAAGAUCUUUGUUUGUGGGACUACAUCCUCGAAGCCCCACAACUGUAAUAGUAUAAUUUUUCAACGAAAGGUAUUAAACUAAAUGGACGCAUAUUGAAGGUCUCUAAAUGUGGGAUUAUAGCAAUGGAACUGCAUUCGAAAUCCCAUUAUUGACAUCAAUAUAAUUUUUCGACGAAAGGAUUCAGUCGAAUGAAAAAUAAUUGAAGAUCAUGGAUGAAGUCUCUGCAGUAGUAUGCUUAGUAACAAAAAGUGAAACUGACAGUAAUUUUUGUUUUUACCUCAUUGAAUUCAUGAAAAAUAAGUACUCUCUUUAUACGAGGGGAGCCUUGCGGCAAU